AUGACAAACUCGUCUCGGCAUGUCUACUUCGACGACAAUAUCGAUUUGGAGCCCCAAGAUGAGCAAAUCACACUGUCUGUUGAUGGACGAAGGGGAACCUUAGCUGGUCUGAAUUUGUCGCCUCGAAAGCGUCCUCGCACCCACAAGGUUGAAGAAGCCGACCCGCAACUCCAGGGCUGGAUGCCCUUUCCUGAAGACGACGCAGAGGAGCUUGACGCCAUAGCGUCCACCAUAUCUUCCUUCGACGUUAUUCUUGAUGAAGAACUGACCAAACGAAAGCGGUACAAUUCUGAUGAUCCAAUGCUCAUGUGGAAGCGCAUUGCCCCAGUAUUCUUAGAAGAGCUCGCCCGGCACGACGGUUUGGGCGGCCGAGCUCACUGCAAGCUGUGUUUAGCCCCCAUAACUGAGACCGACCAUCGGGUUGUGUCAAAAAAGAGCAUGCUCGGCGUCCCCUCCAUACGUUGCAAGAAUGGACCGGACAGUUCUGGACCCGAAGUUUCCCUCUAUCACCGCAAAACUAGCGGUGAGGGCGUCAAUGGCCUCGGAGAAUUGCAUCAACUGGGCCACGAUGGAGAUGUUUGCCCAUUCCCUGGCGCCAGACGAGCCAUGGUGGUUAUCGACAUGAACGGCAUCUACAACGUGGACGUUCAAUAUUGUGAUUGCAACAACACCAAUGGCACCGACACUGUGGAGCAAUUACCGCAACUGUUGGUAUCCGGCGACGGUGGACCAGGACUGGGCUAUUUCGUGGAGUCGACGGCCUACAAGGAACACCUCAAGAAUUAUGUGGCGGAGAAAGACGCAAGUAGUGUUCUCGUUAAUGACAAUUAUACUAAUCAGGUUCAGGUCAGCUCUUGCGUGGCCUUCGCGGCUUUACUCCAAAAAGAGACACGUCUCACGACUGGUCUUCGUGUCUCCGGGGUAGCGGGCUGUGUCUGUUCUCGACAUGGUCUAGUGCGCCGAAGAGGACUCGGCGAUCUUCAGAAGGGCGAAAGAUAUGCGAAUGUGGACUGGAUUGUCGCCUGCACACUCUGGAUGGAGAAGUUACUCAGCUAUGGGUUUGCAUAUGACAUUAUUUGCCAAUGGAUGCAAUUUAGCCACAGAAUUCAAAACGUCGACAUCCAGUUUGGCCUUCCAGUUUGGCAUGCUGGCGCCCAUGAGCUUCAAUGUCGAGCGCAACUUGCCCUUGCCUAUCUCCUGGGAAUUGGCAAAACUGACGGGGAGGCAAUGGAGCGCGUUUGGGCAAGCCUCAAUCCUGCAAGCUGGGCGACUAAGGAGAUGGGGAAGGCGCACGAUUAG